AUGCGUCCAACAGUCGACAGGCUCUUCGAAGCUGUGAUCGGACUACAGGCGACGCCGUCACGAAAGCUACGAUCGGCGACGCCGCAGCAAUGGCUUGAUGGCCUGAUCUCGCUUGAGUGCUCGGCUCUUGGACGGGUUGUCCAAUGGGCCACGCGAGUCGUGCAUCUCUCGCGAGGAGCGAGCGCUAGUUUCACAAAUGAGGUCCAGCAUUCGCGGCACCCGCGCGUAGAGCGGGCCCCACAAUCUGCGUAUCUCCUGACCGUAACCUGCGCGCAGCAUGGGUCGGCCAGCACGAUGCUACAGCCCUGCACGCUCUUCCCGCUUGGGCGCCCCGAGGGGGGCAUAGCCCGCGCUGCAGAGCCCCGAGGACACUAUUGUCGCAGACCUGAUGGGACUCUUACCGGAGAGAUUGUUGAAGCCGCAACAGCCUCUGUCUGGCGAAGUCUUCCGAAGACUCCUCUCAGUUAUGCCAAGACUGUCAUCGAGUUCGCCAUUUCGGAGUGUCAUCGAUAUGGCAUCACGUCGAUCCAAGAAGCUUCAGCAACCACAGCCUAUCUCCACGCCCUCCGCGAGCUGGAAGCGGAGAACCGCCUGCCGCUUGAUAUCAGCACGCACAUUGUUUGUGCUCCGGGAGCUUCGACUGGCGAGAGUGAAGCGUCCCUUGCGGCUCUCAUCAACGUUGCAGAUGCAUUUAAGAGUAAACAUGUUCAUACGGGAUUUGUCAAAUUCUGGCUGGACGGCGCGCCAUUACCGCCGAAUCCCACUCAGUGUGAUCUGGAUGCCAAUGGGAAAGCUGAUCCGGAACGUGUCUUGGUAGAUUACCAGAAGUUGCUCGAUCGUAUCUCUGCAUACGACGCGCGAAAUAUGACUUGCAAGAUUCACGUCGCCGGUGAAGGGAGUGUGCGACUUGCGCUGGACGUUUAUGAGGCUGUCCGGAAGCGAAAUCCGAGCGGACCUAAGCACGAGCUUGCUCACUGCAAUGCAGUCCACCGAGACGACAUUCAACGGAUUGCUCGCCUCGGGCUCACUGCUGAAAUGUCGCCUGCGAUCUGGCACGCUCCUGUCGUUCAAUUUGCUCCCCAUCUCCUGAGAUGGCCCUUCAAUGAGAUCUUGGCCACGGGGGCGCACAUGACGAUUGGCUCGGAUUGGAUCUUGACGGACAACCCGAGUUUGUUUGAUCCACUUGCACACUUAGUGGAGAUGCUCGAAGUGCCAAGGUCGGGAGAUAGGGAAGGGUUGACGAAGAAGCAAGUUGCUGCCCAUGCGCUCUGUCGGAUGAUCACGCUGGGAGGAGCGGAGGCAGUGGGGAGGGAGAGGAUGAUUGGCAGUAUCGAAGUUGGAAAGAUGGCGAAUUUCAUCGCUCUCGAUCGCGAUUUGAGCGAAGGGGAGUUCGCCGGAGCGACGGUGCUGAAGACCUGGUUUGAGGGAAGGCAGGUGUACAGCGCCGUGGCAGGGCAGGUCGGAAUAUAG